AUGGCUGCAUCGGAUAACAAGCACGUCGUUUUCGACGUUGUAGGCACAUGUGUUUCCUACGAAGCAUUUUACGAAGCCAUUGAAGCCCGCAUCGGCGACCGUUUGAGAGAGCUCAACAUUGGCUCCCGCAUUUUCGGCUACGCCUGGAUGGAGGCGGGCGAAAAGGAAUACACAUACCUCAGCCUGUCGGGCAACUACAAAGUCUACUGGACCGUGUUCCGGGGCAUCUUUUACCGCACGCUGUGGCAAGCGGGCGUCAAGGAGCCGCGCAAGCUCUGCACCGACGAGGACCGCGAGUUCCUGCUGGCCGCGUACAAGACGCUCAAGCCCCGGGCCGGCCUCACCGAGUGCUUUGCCAAGCUGCGCGACGCCGGCUUCACCGUCUGGGCCCUGACCUCGGGCGACGUCUCGCGCGUCACCGGCUACUUUAGCGCCGCCGGCAUUGACUUUCCCAAGGCCAACUUUGUCUCGUGUGACGAGAUUGGCGUCGGCAAGCCCUCGCCUGCUUGCUACAAAUACGUCCUGGACAAGUUCCCGGCCGAGAACCGUGUCACUUGGUUCGCCGCUGGGCACAUGUGGGAUGCCGCCGCGGCACGCAAGUCUGGUUUCAAGGGUGCCUGGGUGUCCGAGUGGGAAUUGGAGCAGUGUGAAGAUGUCUUUGGCGAAAUGGACGUUGUCGCUGACAGUCUCCCGGCCCUGGCCGAUGGCAUUGUUGCAGCUAGUACAAAGGCAUAA